AUGCUAUGGUAUCUACUCAAACCAGUUAGAAACAACUUUGAGUGCAUUCUCUCGACGACGAAGGAGUCGGUCAAAUCCAACAAGGAACGAGCGUCGAUCUUUGGACGCGAGCUUGUCGCUAUUGGCGACUUUCUUAGCGAGAAAUCGAAGGCAGACAAUCUUCCCCAGUAUAUCGUUGAUAGAUUUUGGGAUUUCUUGGGAAAUUUGUGGCCGAUUGAAAGCACCAAAGGAGGGGCCAUUGACGGCACCAAGCUCAGCACCAUGUACAAGAAGCUUCUCGCCUCGAAGCAAGCCAGGGAGGCUCAGGGUGGCUCUGGCGCAGUGAUUCCCCGUGCCAACGGCGCGUCCUCGUCCGUCUCCAAGGCAGAGGCCUAA